AUGUUGAAAGUAAGUUAUAGACCACAAAUAAGAUUUGCUAGAUUUGCAUCUAGUGUAGCCACCAAACCAACUCCAAUUCAUACUCAUACAAUUAAAACCCCAGUUGAUGUACGGGCUGCUAUUGCUAGUUUAAAACCAAAAACAACCAGAUUAUCCAUUGAAGGUCCAAUUGAAUGUGAUUUAGAAGGAUUUUCCUUAUUAAAUUCCCCAAUCUUUAAUAAAGGUUCCGCUUUUACUCUAGAAGAAAGAAGAGCAUUUAGUUUAAAUGGUUUAUUACCAGCACAAAUAAAUACUUUAGAUGAACAAGUCGAAAGAGCUUAUAGACAAUUUUGUUUUUUGAAAACUCCUUUAGCUAAAAAUGAUUUUUUAACUUCAAUGAGAAUUCAAAAUAAAGUAUUAUAUUAUGAAUUAGUAAGAAGACAUAUUAGAGAAAUGUUACCAAUUAUAUAUACUCCUACUGAAGGUGAUGCUAUUGCUGCUUAUUCUCAUAGAUUCAGAAAACCAGAAGGUUGCUUCUUGGAUAUAACUGAUCCUGAUUCAAUAGAUCAAAGAUUAUCUGCAUAUGGUGAAGAUAAAGAUAUUGAUUAUAUCGUUGUAUCUGAUGGUGAAGGUAUUUUAGGUAUUGGAGAUCAAGGUGUUGGUGGGGUUAGAAUUGCAAUUGCUAAAUUAGGUUUAAUGACUUUAUGUGCUGGUAUUCAUCCAGGUAGAGUUUUACCAAUUGUUUUAGAUGUUGGUACAAAUAAUGAAAAAUUAUUACAUGAUGAUUUAUAUAUGGGUAAUAAAUUCCCAAGAGUAAGAGGUGAACGUUAUUGGGAUUUUAUUGAUAAAUUCAUUAAUUCAGUUAAAACUAGAUUCCCAAAUGCGGUGUUACAUUAUGAAGAUUUCGGGGUUAGUACUGGUAGAGAUAUGUUAUAUAAAUAUAGAGAAGAAUUGCCUUCUUUUAAUGAUGAUAUUCAAGGUACUGGAGCUGUUGUUAUGGCUUCAAUAACUGCUGGUUUGAAAUUUUCUAAACGUGAAUUACUUGAAUCGGAAAUUUUAAUUUAUGGAGCUGGAUCUGCUGGUUUAGGUAUUGCUGAUCAAAUUGUUAAUCAUAUGGUAUCUCAUGGUGCCACUAGAGAAGAGGCAAGAUCUAAAAUUCAUUGUAUGGAUCGUUAUGGUCUUAUUUUAGAAAGUUCUACUACAGCCAGUCCAGCACAAAUGAGAUAUGCUGAUCCAGCUAAGGAUUGGGAAAAUGUCGAUACAGCCAACUUAGUUGAUGUUAUUGCCAAGGUUAAACCAACUGUUUUAGUUGGAUGUUCUACUCAAGCUGGUGCAUUUACUGAACAAGUCAUUAAAGAAAUGUAUAAACAUAACUCACAACCAAUUGUUUUCCCAUUAUCCAACCCAACUAGAUUACAUGAAGCCGUUCCAGUUGAUAUUAUGAGAUGGACUGAUAAUAAUGCUCUUAUUGCCACUGGAUCACCAUUUGAACCUGUGGAUGGAUAUUAUAUUUCUGAAAAUAACAAUUGUUUCACAUUCCCAGGUAUUGGACUUGGAGCUGUCUUGUCAAGAUGUACUACUAUUUCCGAUACAAUGGUUUCAGCCGCGGUUGAUCAAUUAGCUAAGAUGUCACCAAAGAUGGAAAACCCUAAGAAUGGAUUAUUACCUCGUUUAGAAGAAAUUGAUGAAGUUAGUGCAUAUGUUGCAACUGCAGUUAUUUUACAAUCUUUAGAAGAAGGUACUGCUAGAGUUGAAAGUGAAAGAAGACCAGAUGGUGGAUUUGUUAAUGUUCCAAGAGAUUUCUAUCAUUGUCUUGAGUGGGUAAGAUCACAAAUGUGGAAACCAAUUUAUAGACCAUUGGUUAAGGUUGAACAUGUACCUGAAAUUCAUACUUAUCAAUAUUAA